AUAGUAGUCGUCUUCCCCGUACCCGGAGGGCCCCAUAUAAGAUCAACAUGGGAACAUUGAACACAUUCAGCUCUUCUCAAACAGGUACAAGAUUCUCUCCCAGUCUAAUCAUCAAUGUCAAAAUAGCACACCAAUCAAAACCAUAACAACAUAAAAUGAGAAAUCUUUCCCAUUUCUCAACAUAAAAGCAACAAUACAUGACUAACCUCAUCACUAGUGUACAAAACAGCAUGAAUGAUGUUGGACUUCCUGGGCAAACACAAAGCAUUCCAAAUCCGUUUGCUUGUUGUGAUGUUGUCUAAGAAAACAAUGUGGACUGAAGAAUGGACUCCAAUUUUGGCUCCAAAGUCUACUGCCAUUUUCACUCUGAACUCAGUAAAGGACACUCCAUCAUCAUCAUCAUCAUCAGUGACACUAACAACUGAAGCAAGUGCCCAAUUUCAUCCCGUGCGGUCCAAAUCAGAAACCGUCUCCGGUUUAUGAUCCGAUAUUAGCACCAAGUCUCCAGCUUCAAAAGAGACGACUUCAGCAAAUGGCGCCUUAUCCAUUGCU